UUUUUAUGCGAGCAAAAACCAAAUCACGAAUAAACAGGCUUGACUUUGUCAGAUUCUUUUUUAUAAGAGAAAAUAAAAAGCGAUGGAGGACUGCUGAUUGCAUGCGCCGCAUUUUAUUACUAUACAGUUACGGACAGUCUGCGCAUGUCAAAAUUUUGCUUUCUUUCCGUCCGUGUUUGGUCAUUCAAUUAAUGAGGUAUAACGUGUUUUAACUAGAGACUUGAGUAGAUUAAUAACAAACGUCUAUUAUCAAUAAAAUUAAAAUGUCUCAAAUAUCUAUGACUGAACAACCAAACCAUCACCAAAUUGAUUUGACGCAGUUGGAUUUAGAACAGCUUACGGAGUUGAAGCACCAGUUAGAUCGGGAACUGGCGGUGUUUCAAGAUUCUCUACACAGUUUAAAAAUUGCUCAAAGUAAAUUUCAAGAAUCUAAUGAGAGUCUUGACAAAUUAACACCAGACGCUGCAGGGAAAGAAAUUUUAGUCCCUUUAACAGGAUCUAUGUAUGUACCUGGAAAGUUGGCAGAUACUGAAAAAGUGCUCAUCGACAUUGGUACAGGAUAUUAUGCAGAGGUAACUAUACCGCAUGCAAAGGAAUAUUUCAAAAGAAGAAUAGCAUACGUAACAGAACAGAUGGAAAAAAUACAAGUUAUAGGACAAGAGAAAAAUAAAAUUAGAGAAGCAAUAUCGGAUGUCAUUGGAAUGAAACUGAAAAGUCUACAAAAUGAAGUGGUGGAACAAUCAUAAGUUAUGCAGAUACUAAUACAUUUUAAUUUAAAAUUUUUUUUUUAAAAAAUAAUAAAAUUUAAAAAGAUGAAUGAAGUAAAUGAUCAAACAGAUAUAGAUGAUUAAAUAUUUUUUCCAGAAGCAUUUUUAGAGAAAAUGGAAGCCAGUUAAUGGAGUCUACCUUGAAUAUUCUGUUGUACUUAUUCAAUUUUUAAUUUUCUGCAAAAAUCUAAAUGAAUCACCAUUUAUAUUUGUUUAAAAAAAUGAUGGAUGGCUUUGAUAUUUAUAAAAAGCUUCCAAUUCAAUGAGUAAAAUGGAUUAUUCAAAAAUGUUAAUAAUUAUGUAUUCUAGAUUGACUUCUCAGUGCUCCUUAAUUAAUCUUGAUGUCCAUGUUUAUUUUUCAUUAGUAGGUUUGAGUUCUUAUUUCGUUAUUUUAAAGCAUAUUAAAAAUCAAUAUUUUCAUAAAAUUAAUAAUUCAAGCACUGUGUCUUUGAAGUUUGAUAUUGUUAGGGAUAUUGAAAUACAAUGCAAUUAUUAACAUGACUUUCUAUCUUUAUAAAUGUAAAUCAUGAAAUAGAUCAUCAUUCAGUUAUAAACUUUUAUGUUGUAAAGAAAGUUAUUGAAUUAUUCUUUUAGCAUAAAUUGUACGAAAUGUAAAGUAUUAUCAAUUGAACAGUUUGAUAUUUCUCAUGGAAAUAAAUUAGGUGUGCUAUUGUAUUUAAUCCUUGUGUUUAAUCCUUGUAUAAACGUUCCCCCUUGAGUAAGAUGAUGCGCGUGCAAAGUACGUAUAUAACAUACGAACUUCAAAUAGUAUAUGGAAUAAUUUGGAAGGUUUUUCACAAGCGAUUACGUUUUUGUGAAACGGAGUUAAAAAGAAAUGUAUUUUCGAUAUUAAAACUCGAUUUAUGUUUCAAAUAAAAAAUUAUAUUUAAAGUGAGUUUUUUAUAAAUUACCUAAAUAAAAUUAUUAACAAAUUUAAAGUCAAAUUGCAAAUAAACGAGAGAAAAAAACAUGAUAUUAAUUAACUGCUACAUAACCCAAUACGAAAACUAAAAAUUAAAUUAAUGCUCAUUACAAGUCAUAAAAGUUAGAUAAUUAUUAAUUUUUUUAUAUAAUUUAAUUUCAACAUGGCUAUUGUUUAUAAAAUUUAGUUUGCUCACUAAGCUUAUCGUUUUAUUUAACAUGUACACUAAAUUAGUACUUAGAAACGCUAUAUAACACUGUUAUAAGAGUUAUUGAACAAACUACUUGCAUGUAU